AUGGAUUCCAAAGGAAAUAAAGUAAUCGUCUGCGACAACGGCACAGGGGUAAGCAGAUCUGUCUAUUACAUCUUGGAAACUGCUUUCUAUAAAUUGAUCUUCCUUUUUGUUGUUGCUUCCAGUUUGUCAAGUGCGGAUAUGCAGGCUCGAACUUUCCAGCUCACAUCUUUCCUUCGAUGGUGGGAAGACCGAUUAUUAGAUCGACGGCGAAAGUUGGAGAUAUUGAAGUGAAGGUUUGUGCUGUGUCUUGCAUACUACAGUCUCUCCUUUAACAGCCUGAAGCCCUACUUUCACUAUAUCUUCAAAAAUUAUGUCAACCAGUUGUUUCGUUCUGCAGGAUUUGAUGGUCGGCGAUGAAGCAAGCAAACUUCGGCACAUGUUGGAAGUGAAUUAUCCCAUGGAUAAUGGAAUUGUUCGAAAUUGGGACGACAUGAAACAUGUAUGGGACUACACGUUUGGAGAGACAAAGCUUAACGUAGAUACAAGGAAUUGUAAAGUGAGUCAAAUUUACUGUCAUUCCGGAAAUGCCUUAUAACUCUUGAUCUUAACUACUUACGACCUUUCCAGACCAUCUGAAAACCUUCAUGUUUCUCACGUUGAACUGUCCUUUGUAAAAUCUAGGUUUUGCUCACUGAGCCACCGAUGAAUCCCUUGAAGAACAGAGAGAAAAUGAUUGAGGUACAAGAGUGAAGUUUGGUCUCCUUAUGUUUCAAUAAUUUAACCUUAACCAGUUUAAUGGUCGUUGUGCUUCAAACUGCUAGUUCAUUUAUUUUAAAUCAGAUAGAAAAUCGAGACCCAUGAGUGGCUCGCCUUAUAGUUUUUAAACUAAACUACAUAGCAAUUUGCUUUUAAAAUGACAGGAAGGGUUGGGUACUUAGAGCUCGUAAACUUCCAGUAUACAUCUAUGCUGAACAGGGGACCCCAAUAUAAAAGAAUUCCAAGGGAUGUGAAAAAUUUUUUGUCAUAAUAAUAAUAAUGAUAAUAAUACUUUAAUUAUUCUCUCUUCUUAUGGGGCUUUAGAAAAAAAUAUAAUGGUUUAAAAUCCCAACUGGUAGGGGGUAUAUUUUACAAGCGUGGCAAAAGAUUUGAACUUGGGCUACCGAGAACAAAUUUAGCUAGCAGUCAGGGUAGAACUUGAACUUAGGGCCUCCGAAUUAUUUUUCCAAAGCUCUAACCACUCGGCUACGUUGCCUCCUUUUUCCGGGUAUAUUAUUUCUGGGUCCUGCUCCAAACGUUUUUUUCUAACUGUGGAGAGGAAUGUCAUCUGUUUAUACCAGAGUUUCAUUAUUGGUAUACAGGAGUGCACUUUAGUGUGCCUUCAGUGAACACUUAAUGAUGAACUGCCUGAAUACUGUAGUUACUGGUGGGGUUAUCACCCACAAUCUGUAUGGAAUCAGGAACAUGCUCUAGGGGUCAAAUCCCCUUGUUUACUGAGAACGAAGAGAGAAAUGGCAGGAAAAAUGUUCUUAGAUAUGGUGUAUUAUUAAAAACUGAAUCAUUGGAUAAUGCAAUUCUAGAGCUCUGAUUGGCUUAGCCAUCAUGGUAUAUAAGGCAUUAUACCAUGCUCUCCAAAUAUGGUAACUCUACGCAUCUGUUCAAAAUUAAAAACAAGCUGAAAAUUGGUUGUUUCUACAAAUAAAGUCAGGAAGAAUUCUCAAUAUUUUAUGGGAGGCUGUAAUAAAACAAUUAUUAUUCCACUCAUGCUUGUGGGAUAUUAGAUGAUUAUAGCCAACUCGGCGCUACGAGCCUCACUGGCUAUCUACCAUCUCAUAUCCAAUGUGAAGUCGUAGAAUAAUAAUUGUUAAUUAUUAUUCAUUCAAAAUAUCAUGAAAUAUUUCUCUGUUUCUGAUGGGCUAAAAUCACACACACAAUUCAUCAUAACCAGCUACUGUCAACCAAAAUGGAAGAAUUUUGCCAUAUUACAUACAUACAUACAUACAUACUUUAUUGACUUUCCCAAGGGGCUUUUCAAAGACAAUACAUGAUCCUAUUUACAAUUAAAAAUGUUUUAAAAUAUAUAUAAAAUUACAAUUCUUUAAGUAAUUUAGUACGUAAACGAGUUUUAAAAACAUCAAUCGAGUUACACAGUUUAAAGGAAUUGUCUAAGGAGUUCCAUAAGUUCACAGUUCUAUAGAAAAAUGUUCUCUGACCGGCAGCUGUUCUAAAAAAGGGGAUUUGUAAAAGCUGUGAAUUUCUGGUGCUACGUCGGCUAACCUCUGCUCGCUUUAUGAAUUUUGAUGUAAGGUAUUCAGGGGCUUGACGGUCAUACAUUUAAAAGCCAUUGUAGCGUUCGGUAAUAAAGCUGACUGGGAACUGAAAGCCAAUUUAGCUCCUUGCGAAUUGGUGUAAAAUGGUCAAAUUCGCGCGCCGCUAACAAUGCGGCAUGCGAAGUUCUGCACUGCCUGUAACUUGUUGACAUUACAUUUUGAGGUAUUUGACCAAACAUUGGAGCAAUAAAAUAACCUGCUAAAAACCAAGGAAUUAAUAAUCAUCAAAAGUGUACGUUUGUCGAAGACAUGCUUGACACGGUUUAUCUGGCCAAGGCGGGACAUGCACGAGGAAGCGGUUUUAAUUAUAUGUUCAUCGUAAGUUAAAUUAGAAUCCAAAGUCACACCAAGGUCUUUGGCGGUGUCUGUAGGGACAAUGUCCUUACCCAUAAAGGAAAGGUAACGAAAUUGGAAUUUUGCACGCAUCUGCCUGCUGCCAAAUAUCAUCAACUUGGUUUUGCCAGGGUUUAGUAACAAUUGAUUGUUGGAACACCAUUCCCCUAUUUUAAACAGGUCGUCUUCCAAAUCAUCAAUUGCAUCCAGGUUGGCUUUAAGCUCGAAGGAAGUGAUGAGUUUCGUAUCAUCUACAUAACUCUGGGUGCUGCAUUUCUGUGGGAUCAAUGGAAGAUCGUUCGUAUAUAUAUGCUAAAAGAAGUGGGCCCAAGAUGCUUCCUUGAGGAACGCCACUGGUCACAGACAAAGGCUCAGAUAGCGUUGAAUAGAUUCGUACUACUUGUGACCUGUUGCUUAGGUAACUACGAAACCAUUGGAGAGUGUCACUGGAAAUUCCGACAUCUUGCAAUUUUAAAAUUAACGUGUCAUGAUUGACACUAUCAAAGGCUUUGCUCAUAUCUAAUAGUACGACUGCCGUUAACUUCUUUUUUAUCGAUGGCGUUAAGAAUUGUGUCUGUUGUUUCAAUGACAGAUGUUUCACAAGAGUGCCAUCUCUUGUUACCGCUUUGACUCUUUGAUAGGGUGUCAUUUGAUUGCAGAUACGAGGUGAGUUGAUUAUGUACUACCCUUUCGCAAACCUUCGAUAAAACUGGUAGAAGUGAGAUGGGUCUAUUGUUGUUUGCCUGUUCAUGGUCGCCCUCCUUUAGGAUGGGUGUAACCUCGGCUGUUUUCCAUUUUGAUGGAAAAACACAGUUUUGAAAGGAUGCAUUAACGAUAGGCGUUAUUGGGUGAACAAUUGGAUUAAGACAGUCUUUGAUGACACGGAUCGAAUUUUAUCUAUCCCGGGGGCCUUGUUUGAAGGCAUCGCUGCUAUUAUACGCUCUACUUGUUUAUAAUCAACGGUACUAAGUGUGAACUGGUCAGAGGAAGCGUAUUGUCUCGCACGAAAUAAUUCUGAUUAAGUGUUAAGUUGCAUUCAUUAGCCAGGGACGUAAUUUUGUCAACAGUGCUCUGACCAACAGAUACGAAGAACUGGUUAAAUUCGUCUGCAACAGAUUUGACGCUCUUACUAAAUGUUCGCUGAGAUGUAGAUUUAUUGGGGACACACUGGCGGAUUGCUUUCCAGAUAUUAUUGGUGUUAUUUGGGUUCCUUUGGAUUUGUUCAGCAACAAAUUCUCGUUCAGCAAUUCUAAUUUCCCUCUUUACUUCCUGUCUGAAAUAUCUGUAGGCAGUCCAGGAUAGCGGGUCAUUUGUUUUCUUUGCUUUUUUACGCCAAUCAUCCCUGGUCUUCAUCAAUCCGCGGAUGUUGUCGGUUACGCAUGGGUUUGGCUUACAGCGUGCUUUAAAGGUUUUAACUGGAGCAUGACGGUCGAGUAUCUCAGUAAACAGCGAAUCAAAUGCAUAAAUUUUAUCCUCGACAUCGUCGAAAACAUCGACUAUGGACCACGGUGCCAAUGAUACGUCAUUGCUGAAAUCAAUAGGACUGUAGUGUUUAAAACUUCUGGUAGUAAUAUAAAUGGGUUUGGAGCGCGCCUUCUUCAAUCUUAAGGUGACAUAAAUUAGCUCAUGGUCGCUGAUCGAGCUUUCCAUAACUGUAGCCGUUUGGACUUGUCUUGUAUCCGAUGCAAGGAUAACAUCUAAAAUUGAUUUGAAGUCUCUGUAACUCGUGUUGGUGUGUUGAUCAAUAUUGACAAGUUAUAGGAACGGCAAAAAGUUAACAAGGGCUUUAGCUCCAGGAUCGCCGCUAUUCUCAAGUCUGCAGUUCAAAUCACCUAAUAGAUAAAUUGGAACAUUAAACGACGAGGCAUAAAUAAAGUUCUCUGUAAGAUCUGAAUCGAAACAAGAUAAAGAAGUGUCCGGUGGUCUAUAGGUUGUACAGACAAGGAAGGACUUCAUGUUUCUGACGUGGAUUUUUAGCCACAGUUGAUGGAAGCCAGAGGCCGUGAUAAGAGAAAUGUCACUCAAGUACUCCGUCCUGUAAUUUCGUGAGACAUAAGCACAUACUCCACCGCCAACCCUCGCCUGUCGGUCGAUUCGGUAGAUAACAUAGCCAGGGAUUUCUAUCUCCAAAUCCGUAACUGAACUGUUGAGCCAUGUUUCGGAUACGGUAAAUAUAUCAAACUUAUUUUCCAGUACCGCAUUCUUUACAAGAACGAAAUGCUCACGGCAUUUGAGCGAGCGAACAUUAAGAUGUGCGAUUUUAACAUUGCCAUUUAACUUUUCAGACUUGUCUCCACUAGAGCAGUUUGCAGGUCCAGGGUUAAGUUCCACAUCAUGUAGCAGUUGUAUAACAGGUCUAAAGGUAGAGGUUGAGUUGGCGUAGUAGGCUGUAGUAGCGCUUGCUCGUUUCACUCUCAUACUGAUAGUGACAUGCACGUGUGUCCGCCAUUUUGUACAGUGUCUCGUAUCCCAGUUUACCUCUUUAACCGACGAGGAAUGCGGGAAACAUAGACCAAAGUACUCGCUGGUAAAAGAAUAAUCUUGUUUAUCUUUCCUCAAGGUAUGAACAAGACACAAAAUAAGUACAAGUCCAAUAACUCGCGAGCUCAGAAUCGCACGUCUGCCUUCCUUCAUGUCUGCUCGUGACACAUAUUGAACUGAUGGUCAACGUCAAAAGUGAAGCAGAGUUGCAGAUUAUUGAACCAAUAAUCGAUAAGACCUGGGGAUGAGGUUGAGUUGUUUUGGUAGUGAGAACAAAAAUGGUGGACUUUUCACUUGUUUCACCUGCAAGAAAUAGGCGAAAUAUUGGUUAAAAACAUAGCAAGAACAAGAAGACAACUUGAAGGACGGCAUCUGCUAUUUAGAGAAUAUUUGCAGAGCUGAACAAGCCUUUAUCUCCUAAACUUGUCAAUUAAUGGCACUAUCGAAGAUGAACUUCAACAUCAUGGGGGUAAGAAUAUUUUAGCUUGUUUCAAAACUAGGAAUUAUUUUGAAUGAGUAAUAAAACAAUAUUAUUGAAGUCGGCUUUCAUAUCAUCUGAUGAAUUAUAGAGAUCUCAGGGGGUGUUAUCAUUAUAACACCGUCCUCAAUCUCAAUAAUUCUUCAGAUGAUACUCAGCCUCAUUCGAUAGUAAUUGUUAAUUAUACAUCUAAGGUACUAGAUUUUACUCUGGAGGUUAAAAAUCUUUCAAAAUUCUGGUUUGUUUCCUGAAAUCCUUUCUUUUAUUGUUACAGGUUAUGUUUGAAAACUAUCAGUUUGAUGGAGUAUACAUUGCCAUCCAAGCCGUAUUAACUCUUUAUGCUCAAGGUCAGUAGAGUGAGUGUCGUGAAGUGUCAUUAGCAAAAGAACACCUUCACUGAUCUUGUCUCAACAAAAUGCCUUAACUCUGUCAUAUAGGAGAUCAUUUGAAAAUGUCACCAGUAUAGAAUAUCUGCACUUAUUCUUCAACCAUCAUCUGAUGGGGAGACCAUUGGGGGGUCACCAAACAUAGACUAGCAAACCACAAGAAUAAUACAGUAAGCUGUGACAAAAAAAAAAUGUGGCAAAGAUGUUGUCUUCAUUAGGUCAUGAGCAGGGUUUGAGCUAGGAUUUGAUCACUGGGGGACAAUUUGUCCCCUUGGCUAAAUUUUUGGGGGACAUUUUCAUUUUUAGGGGGACAGAAAUUUGUACACCCUUCUGCUGAUGCAAAGGGGUUUGUCUUCUUAGCAGGGCUUCUGAUAGGUCUCGGAACAAAAAGUCAAAUUUCGCGGGAUUUUUAGGGACAAAUUCGCGGAAAAAUCAGCUGAUUGCGCGGGAGUUUUCGGGGCAAACUUCGCCGAAAAGCAAUCGGUAAAAAACGGCCAAUUUUGUGGUUAUUUUCAAGGCAUAUUUCGCUAGAAAUCGAUCGGUUUUGCGCUGAUCAGACCAGCCUUUUUAACGUUUUUGUAACAGAGCUCAUCAUUUGCUCUUUCAACAACAAUACACUCCAGAAAUGAACCAAUGGCAAAGCCUUUAACAUCAUGGCUAGUGCCCAGUUUUUCGCAACAUAAUCUGUUUGCAUGUUUCAGUGACGAAGUUCCAAGAUAAAUUUGCAAGUUUACGGCAAGUAAAUAGCUGCUAUAGCUGAAAUAAGUUUCAAAUAUGUUUUACAGACAUGUAUUUGAUAAGAUUUCUACCGAAUUUCGCGGUAUUUUUCGUGUUUUUGUGAAUUUCGCGGCUCCGCGACCACGCGAAGAAUCAGAAGCCCUGUCUAAGAUUUCCGACAAAAAUAGCAGUAGCGUGUGACUGAAGCGUAACUUUGGAAUGAACUUUAAAGGUGCGAUAAAAUAUAUUUUCCAUGUUCUGUUUCAGCUUGCAAUUUCUGUACUGAAAUAAAUCUCUUCGUGUGUGCUUCGUUUCGAGUUUUUUCCCUAAAUUUUGAAGGGGCCGUUUUUUAAAGGGACAAUUCCAAUUGCAGUGCGGGAUUGGCACAAUGGCACGGCCUGGCUCAAAUCCUGGUCAUGAGAAUACAUGAAGACCAAGUGCAAAAAGGGCCAAUAGAUUAAGAUCUUGUGUUUAAAUUAAAACAGGCUUUGCUAAAGUCGGUUGUGCUUGUGAAUUUUGAUCUUGAGGAUGACGUUUAAUAGUAAUGCUAAUGUCAACUAAAGAAUAUUAUAGUAAGACCAGUGGCCAUGUUUGCACCAGGUCAGUGGGACAAAGUGAAAGUCUGAGUUUGCUUAGUCCCUAUACGGCGUCUUUCCAAGCCCUCUCGGUCAAUGCAUUUCGGUGACGUAUCCGAGACAAAAGGCCGGGAGACGCCUAGACAAUCUCGGAGUGCACAUGCGUGAGCAUUUUUGCAUCUUUGAAAAGUUCCCAUGUUCAAAUCUAUAAAUAGCUUUGCACGUGAAUAUCCUUCGCUUAAAGAUCAGCACUAACCUGGUUUCUGUUAUCAAAGAACAAAAAUAUUACUUUGAAUCGGAAAGAAUUCUACGGUAUAACAUGGAAGUAAUUUCUCUUUCAGUUCAUUUUCAAAUGAACCAUUAAAAUGAUAUUUCUUUAUUGAUGAAAAGAUUUGAAACAGUAGUUUGUUGACAUUCUACCAAAUUUAGAGACCAAAUUCAACAGCCUGUCCAAUUAGUUUGAUAAGCUUCCAAAUCCAAAAAUUAAAUUACAUAAAAUAUUUCGAAGGGAAAUGAUAAUGAGAAAUUUAUAGGAGCAAGCGAAAAUAGAGAAACGAAAGAUAGCUUUUCAUAUCCAAGAAUAAAUAUAAACUUAUUUCCUUAGGUUACCCUCUGAUUCUUGAUCAAAUAAUUUUUUUGCGACGCCGUUUUGCUUAGCCACAAAUAGUUUUUGAGAUGAAAUAAAGUUCAAAUUAGUUUAAUGAGAUAAAUGAAAAAGAAAGGCCAAAGGACUUUCAACAAUGAAAACGUGCAUAGAAUAAAAAUGCCCAGUUUAACUCUUUAUCCUCUGUACUCUCCAUGGCUGCUGGACAUCUUUUAUCAGCGCGGAAAAGUUAUUGACAGCUCGCCCGCUUCCAAAAGCUCCGCCCCAAGUGAGACAAAAUGUCUCACUUCUCCGAGUUUGUCUAGGCUUCAAAAACUUUCUCGGACCAUGUGACCGGAAACGCAUCGGCAGCGCAUAAUAAUGAGGCCUAGGGACUAGGCCAAGUCUGAGUCUGAAACAGAAUUCAAGCCAUUUACAGUCAACUCUUGUCUUGUGGAGGAAACCUUGCUAUUACAGACCUCCUGAUAAUGCAGACAUGAGCUUAUUACAGUGUUCCCAGCUAAAAUAAUGUACAGACAACUGACGGAAAUCAACUCUCCACAAUAUACGAACUCUUACUUUUAAGGAUACUUACUGGUGGUCCCAAGCAGGGAUGUAGCUAGGGGAGGGCUAAGCAGGCUUAUGUAUCAGUCAAGCCAGCUUGUUACUUAACUACACCUUCAAAAUUUCCCCAUCUCUUUGUUUUCCAGGGAAAUUUGAGUCAGUGGUUAGCACUCUUUCAUCUGGUGAAAUUUGCAAGCAGCCUACUCCUACCUAUAUCCCUGCCUAAGAUUGCCUGCAAGAACAGGGUCCCUUCUUUUGGCAUGCAGCCCUUCAAUAAGAAAAAUUUUUAGUUUAAGAAAUUUUUUCUUUUAAGUGCUGAAGGCUUUCCUUUUUUGUGGGGUUAGGGCUUUCUGUGGCAGAAUUAUUUUUGUUAGCUGUUUAAACUCAUGUUUUAAAGAGAUCAUAUGAAACUCUUGAUAUGCUCCUCUAGAAAAGAGUUGUAGGAUUCUUACAGAGAUCAAUAAAGAGUAAAAGGUGUUUGCGUUUAUUGGCAUAGUACAGUCAACUGUCUCUAAGACAGACACCUUUAGGAUCAGUACUAUGUGUCUGUCUAAGAUGAAUGUCUUGUUUACAAGAGGUUCAAAUAAAGGGAGUAAAGAAAGGCAGGGACCAACUCUAUGCAUAUCAGUUUUACUGAGAUGUCUGUAUUAUAGAGGUGUCUGUUAAGAGAGAGUCAACUGUGAUCUUUCUGUUUUUUUUUCUUAGGAUUGUUAACAGGUGUUGUGAUAGACUCAGGGGAUGGAGUGACCCAUAUCUGUCCUGUAUACGAAGGCUUUGCUCUUCCUCACCUCACUCGCAGACUUGACAUCGCUGGUCGUGAUAUCACCAAGUACCUCAUUAAGGUAAUGCUAUCUACAGCAGUCUGUUGAGGAUAUCAUGCAGUAGUUUGUGAUCUUGUGCUAUCAGUUUAGUUCUGGUUGCAAGACUCGUCAAAUGGAUCUGCUCCUAAAACUUGAAAAACUACAAUACAUCUCAAUAAACACCAUGAAACUUUUCUGAGGUGAUAAUGACUAAUGAGAAUUUUUUUAUGGAUUUUAAGCUCCUUCUGCUGAGAGGAUAUGCAUUUAACCAUACAGCUGAUUUUGAAACUGUUCGCAUGAUGAAGGAGAAGCUCUGUUAUGUUGGGUAAGCUCCUCUGCAGGAAUGAUAUGAACCAUUAGAAUGUUGUAUUUGUCCUAACAAACUGCAAAUUUGUAUUGUUAAUGUUGUAUUAAAUUAGAUGAUUUUUAAAUAAAAGGGCGUAAUUAACAUUUUAUAAAACUAUUAUGCUGCUAAACUAUCAUACACCUGUACGUUAAUCUCUCCCUUGUAGAUUGUUCUGUAUAAAAGAUGUAAAGUAGAGCUCUGAGGAAAAAAAUAAAUUGCAAGGAUUUGUGUCUUAGAACACCAUGUUUAUAGCAUAACCAUAUAGCAAGAUGGUUCCUCCCUUACACUUUCUACUCUGCAUGCCAACUAAUUUUGAAAUGCUUACAUGUAUUUUACUUUCAGUAAUUUUUUUCUUUAAAUUUUUCGGAUAUUGGUUUUAGAAAUAGCAAGUCACUCAAUUGAACCACGGCAGGAUUAGCUCAGUCAGUAGAGUGCUUGACUGUUGGUAGUGGGUUCGAUUUUCAAGAGUGGACCACUAAUCAGAAAAUAACUGGAAAAUGAAGGUACCGCCUUUGCCCUGCAAAUGGCUAGACCUUCACAUGGCUAAGAUGACUUUGUAAAAUGAUGGCCCCAUCUCCAGUAGAAGACAUAAAAAUAAUGUCCCCGAUUAGUACUUUUGUGCUAAAUACAUUGACACUCAAAGUCCAUAAUAAAACCCACUGGCCUUUCAAGUAGACUUGUUGUUACAUAAGGUAUGUUGUUUGGUUUGCAUUCUUAGAUACAACAUAGAACAGGAACAGAAACUUGCUUUGGAGACAACAGUUCUUGUGGAACAGUACACAGUAAGGAAUUACUUCAUUGUGUUAUGAUAAAAAAAUAAUAACCAUUGUUACUUUUUUAUAAUUAUGUAAGCAAAAAUGGGAAAAGUGAAUGAGUGAUGUUCACUUAAAGCAUCCCGGAGUGAAUAUUUGAAGCUUAAGAGCCAGACAGAAUCUUUUUUUUUGCACCAACUCCUGUCAGCCAGGGGAAAUUGUUGUCUUCCUUUCUCAGAGAAGGUGGCUACUUUAAUGUUAUUUUCAAAGAAAUAUUAUUUCAAACCUUGUUGAUACUAUCCGGUACUCUACCUAAACAAGCUGUCUAUUUUAAGUUUAUUGAAACCCCUGCAGCCCAUUUUGUUGCUGUUGUUUUUUAAUGGUUAAAAUAAUAAUGACAUAAUUAUUAUGUCAUUAGUAACGCUACAAGGUGUUAACACAAAACUGGUCAGUGAUUCAUUUUCACUCUCAUGCUUGCGGUUUCAUCUUUAGCUCCCUGAUGGCCGAAUAGUGAAACUGAGUGGAGAGCGAUUUGAAGCACCUGAAGCCCUUUUCCAACCCCAUCUAAUCAACAUUGAGGGUGUUGGUGUGGCUGAGCUUCUCUUCAACACUAUCCAGGCAGCAGAUAUUGAUACAAGAGCAGAGUUUUACAAGCAUAUUGUACUGUCAGGUGGCAGUACUAUGUAUCCUGGGCUGCCGAGCAGACUAGAGAGGGAAAUUAAACAGUUGUAUCUUGAACGUGUACUCAAGGGAGAUACCACUAAGUUGUCGGUAAGUUAUCAGCCUCUUAACUGUUUAAACCCCAAUUGAUAUCAAAACGCAAAUUCUUCUAACUGACUUCCAGAAAUUUUUUUUAUGGAGUAAGUUGAGAGAAGAUGCCAAAUGAUAUAUACAACAGAUUUUGGGGGAUCAUUGCCUUAAAUCUCAUGACUUCUUUCCUUGAUUAUGUCUUAAUACUGUGAGGAGAAAUUUGACAGUUACUAUUUUAGAGGUUCAUUGUUGCUUGGGAGUUUCAUUUCCCACCGUAUAUAACUUAACAUUUAAUUUCCUUGCAGAAAUUUAAAAUCCGUAUUGAAGAUCCACCCAGGAGAAAACACAUGGUCUUUUUGGGUGGGGCUGUUCUGGCAGACAUUAUGAAAGACAAGGAGGGAUUCUGGAUGACGAGAGAGGAAUAUCAAGAGAAAGGAAUAAAGGUUCUAGAGAAGUUAGGAGUUAAGGUUGGCUAGGAAAUUAAUAUACAAAAGUAUAGAUCUUUGAAAACUUGAAGAAAAUUUGGAAUUGAAUUUCAAGUGAUGGUCAAUCUCUUUGCAUAAAACUCUCAGACGGCAAGUUUUGGUUUCAUAAGAUGAAGGUACAUUGUAUGUAAUUGUUAUCCAUUAGAUUCUGAACACCGAUUUAAGUUCUAUUUGUCUGUAAAUGAUAAAUGCAAUAGGAUGACACCACUGUUAUUGCUUUCUGUGACAAGUGGUUUAUUUUGAUUUUCCUCCAGUAAAUUUCAUGAUUUUCAAAAUUUUUAACUUUUCAAAGAGGCUACUCGUAUAAAGACGAUAAAAAAUUACAUAAGAACUAGUCAGAGAAAGAAAAAGUCAAGAGACCAUAUUAGAGGAGGGUAAGGAAGUAUUUUGAAUUGAACAUCCUUGAAAAUAUUUGAUGCCCAUUUUAUAUUCCUUCGCCAUUUCUUAGCUAUCCUUUGUUGAUUUUAGAUAGUCUUUGUUCACAAAAGUUAACUUAAUUUUGCGAACUUAGUGAACUUUAUAUUUCGCAAACUUUACUUGACAGUUCCUCUCUCAUUAGGUGCGAUUUGAAUGUAAGAUCCACCAUUUUAUCACUCACAUUCAAAAGUAGAAGUAAAAGCUGAUAUAGAAAUGUUAUAUUAGACAUAAAAGAACCUUACGUUUGAAGAUACACUAAGUUAGGCCAUGCUACAGUUAGAUGUGGUUCGCACAUAAUCGUUGCAAUCAUCUGGAACACCUUGUUUUUUGGGGGAAAAAUCAAGAUGAUCCGGUUAUGACAUUAAUACCAGCGUACAGAUAAAUUCAAGGGCUCUUCAGCUGAUUACAAUUCCACAAUUAACCAGAUCAUGUGGCCUUAAAUCAGAGGUUUCUCCAUGAAAUUGUCUCAAUCAUCUGAGACGCGUUUUGCGAUGACCUGGAAGGUGAAGACAAUUAAAAUUAAGCUACGGUAAAACAGACUACAAAAACGUGCAACUUGUUUGUAACAUUACUGCAAAAUGAGGUAAAAAGCUAGUUCAAACCUAUCGUGCAACAGAUCAGGUUGUUGUAAGUUGCGUGAAUACUGACUUCUGAUUGGAUAAAAUUACGCGAGAGUCGCGCCAUUCACGGGAGUUACGUCACUUGCUGCAAAGCGCUGGUAAAACGCGCAACAUGUACAGAUUUUGUUGCAAAACGUGGAACUACUCUCAAAUUUCUUUGUUGCAAGACAGGUUUGAUUCGUGGGUGGUGUUAGCUAUUCAACUCGUUUUGCAGCAACGAUGCAAAGCAAGUUGCACAUUUUUGUUUUUCUGGUUUAACCGUACCUUCAUGAAAACCAGGCCUUAGCUAUAAGUUGAAGCUAUGUGUGAAACGUUUUGUCAUGCAGCCCAAAAGUGAUGAGAGCUUGAACCUGUUAUGUGAAGAGUUUGUUAACUGUACAGAUUCGUUUCGUAUUGUUCAUUUGUUAAGAAAUUAUGCUAAAUAUUUUGGUAAGAUAACACGUGAUUCCCUUUGUGAAUCUUGUCGUUGUGAUCCUGUCAUUUCUUCAUCCCCAUACACUAGUUGGAGAGAUGGGAAUGUUAUGAAGAAAAGAAAGCUGAAAAAUAAAUAUUUUUCCUCCACAUUUGUUUGAUCAUACUGUGUUUAGAGUAAAUAUUACGAGC